AUGAUUAUGGGGAGAUCCGACGACCUUGAAAAUGCGGAGUUCUUCCCCAUGACCCGCCGAAGAUCCACGUCCGGCGCAUCGUUCCGAUCUUCCACCGAUUCAGGGUUGUCCGUCGAUACAGCCUACCUUGAGAACAACGAACAUAACAAUUUCGCGAAUGGCACAUCGGGAGUGACGGACGAGACAAAAUAUCGCGAUGUGGAGGAUGGGGAAGCAGAUGUCGACGAGCCAUUCCUUCCUACCUCGUCCAGGAAGCCUGCUCGGGAAGUCGCACGCGGCAGAUAUUCUGGGCGCCGGACAAGUCCCCAAACAGCCUCUGAGACCCUGCAGCAAGAGGAGUCAGGUUCGGGGAGCACAAGCGCCGGAAGGCCUGUGACACUCCAACAAGUCCUGACAGGGUCGUGGAAUCCUCGGUCUCACGCUAUCUCAUGGAUUGCUGGUCCAGAUGGGGAAGAUGGGCUAUUGGUGCAGAGGGCAGAGGUUGGUAAACAGGGCUAUUUACGGGUUGACGAUAUUCGCAGCCAGGAAGGCGACGAUGUUGACAGUCAGAGCAGUAGAAUCUUAAUGAAUAAGGCUGUCGUACAAGCCAACGGGGAGACCCUGAUGCCGACAUUCACAUGGCCUAGUCCAGACCUGAAUAAGGUGUUACUCAUGUCGAGCCAUGAGAAGAACUGGAGAUACUCGUUCACGGGAAAAUAUUGGAUCUUUGACGUGGCGACCCAAACGGCUCAGCCACUAGAUCCCAGCGUUCCGGACGGAAGAGUGCAACUUGCGCUGUGGUCUCCGAGUUCAGAUGCUGUAGUUUUCGUGAGAGACAAUAAUAUGUACUUGCGAAAACUGUCUUCGGAAAGUGUCGUUUCCAUUACCAAGGACGGGGGCGAGGACCUUUUCUAUGGUGUCCCCGAUUGGGUAUACGAAGAAGAAGUCAUUACGGACAAAAGCGUAACGUGGUGGUCAAAUGAUGGGAAAUACGUUGCCUUCCUUCGAACCAACGAGUCCGCUGUUCCGGAAUUCCCGGUCCAAUACUUCGUGUCAAGACCCUCGGGGAAACGACCUCCUCCGGGACUCGAGAACUAUCCAGAGGUCAGGCAGAUCAAGUACCCUAAAGCUGGGUCUCCGAACCCGGUAGUCAACUUGCUGUUCUAUGAUGUCGAGAAAGACGAGGUAUUCCCGGUCAACGUUCCUGACGACUUCCCUGAUGAUGAUCGUAUCAUCAUCGAGGUGUUAUGGGCUUCUGAAGGAAAGGUCAUUGUCCGUGCCACAAACCGAGAAAGCGACGCGGUAAAGAUCUUCCUGAUUGACACGAAAGCGAGAACAGGAAAGCUGGUUAGAUUCGAAGAUAUCGCCAAUCUUGACGGUGGCUGGGUUGAACCUUCCCAUUAUACCAAAUUCAUCCCCGCAGACCCCAGUAACGGACGACCAGAUGAUGGUUACAUCGACACAGUCAUUCAUGAUGGAUACGAUCAUCUAGCUUACUUCACGCCUCUUGACAAUCCGAAUCCUACCAUGCUCACCACAGGAGAGUGGGAAGUCGUGGAAGCACCAUCAGCCGUGGACUUGCGCAGGGGAAUCGUUUACUUUGUUGCUACAAAGGAGUCUCCGACGCAGCGACACGUAUACCGGGUCCAGCUUGACGGUUCAAAUCUUCAACCCUUGACCGACACCUCUAAACCCGGCUUCUAUGAUGUAUCCUUCUCUGAUGGCGCCGGAUAUGCGUUGCUUAGCUACAAUGGGCCGUCUGUACCAUGGCAAGCCAUCAUCAACACCCAGGGCGACGAGAUCACGUUCGAGAAAACUAUCGAGGAGAACUCCAGACUGGCUUCAAUGGUGGAAACAUUUGCUCUUCCCACUGAAGUCUACCAAAACGUAACCAUUGAUGGCUUCACGCUUCAGCUCGUUGAGCGCCGCCCACCACACUUUAAUCCUGCUAAGAAGUACCCCGUGGUCUUCCAGCUGUAUAACGGCCCGACUUCACAGAGAGUGGACCGCAAGUUCACGAUCGACUUCCAAUCUUAUAUCGCCUCCAACCUAGGAUAUAUUGUUGUCACCCUCGACGCCAGGGGCACAGGAUACAGCGGACGGAAAGUGAGAUGCGCAGUCCGGGGAAAUCUAGGAUAUUACGAAGCGUACGAUCAGAUCACCACCGCGAAAAUGUGGGCUAAGAAACCCUACGUGGACGAGACGCGGAUGGCAAUUUGGGGCUGGAGCUACGGUGGAUUCAUGACUCUAAAGGUCCUCGAACAAGACGCCGGUGAAACAUUCCAGUAUGGCAUGGCCGUCGCCCCCGUCACGGACUGGCGGUUCUAUGACUCGGUCUACACAGAACGAUACAUGCAUACACCAGAACAUAACCCCUCCGGUUACGAGAACUCGAGCAUCACCAACGUGUCUGCACUCUCCGAAGCCACGCGCUUCCUGCUUAUACACGGCGCCUCAGACGACAAUGUACAUAUCCAGAACACCUUAACAUUCGUCGACAAGCUGGACUUGUCCAAUGUACAAAACUACGACAUGCACUUCUACCCCGACUCCGAUCAUAACAUCUACUUCCACAACGCGCAUUUCAUGAUAUACGAGCGUCUAUCUAACUGGCUCGUCAACGCAUUCAACGGCGAAUGGCACCAGAUUGCAAAUCCCGUUCCUGAGGAUUCGAUCUGGGAUAGUGUUAAACGUUCUGUGCCAGUACUUACGCAUUGA